AUGCAAGAAGUGUUAUCGAGAGAAGUGCUCUCUAGAAAUAAUGAACAUUCUGCGGAUAGAGAUACUAUUCGGAAAAAGGCUUUGAUUAGAAUUACAAUUUCGACUUCGUUAUCAAUAAUUUGUUGUUUGCUGUUGAUGAUAACAAUUGCUAUCGGAGCACUAUUUUUAUAUAUUUUCGGAACAGCAUCACUACAGGCCCGUAACUCGAUUGAUGAGCCUAUUUUGAGUGAUGCAAUUUCAUGUACAGUAAAAUCUAGAGAAUUUAACUGUACUGAUGAGAGUUUAGACGAAUUGCUAGAGGCAAAGGAGUCAUGGACUUUCGGAGACUUUUUUGAUAAAUUGUUUACUUUGAAAGUUGUACUUGAUGAGGACGAUGAACAACACCAGAUUUUCUUUAAUGGAACCAUCAUUGAUGCAGAAAAAGUCAAGCUGAAAAUAUGCCAUGCCAGAGUUAAUUAUACAAUUGACGGCAAUCAACAAACGGAAGAAACCGUGGACACAUUUAUUUAUGAAUACAGUAUUGAAGACGGAGAGGAUACCAUUUUCACAGAAGGAGAUGAGAAGUUAUUCACUAAAAACUCAACCUCUUCAGUCAGUGUAAUUCCACCAAAUUAUUUAAUGUUUUCACAAGAAGGUGACACAAGAACAUGUUACAUCCACCCUCUUUAUCGAAAUUUAAUUGGAUUUAGUGAAAGAACGAUAGAUUACUAUUAUCCUGGACGGUCAUCUCUGACUUCUGCAUGUGGAUACAUUGCAUUAGCAUUUAUGAUUGUCAGUGGAGGUGUUUGUGCAUUUCUAGUCAUUCCAUUAACAGUCUUUUCUGUUCACAAGUGUAUCUCAUAUAAACGAGAUGUAGAAACUAUGGAGCACAUGGAAAUGAACGACCAAGAAAGUGAAGCAAGCGAUAGUGGUAGUCAAGUUUCUGACGAUGGACGGCGAUACUUUUAA